AUGGCUACACCAUCUUCAACUCGAUUAGAUCUCGACGGAAACCCAAUCAAACCGCUAACAAUCUGCAUGAUCGGCGCCGGAGGUUUCAUCGGUUCUCAUCUCUGCGAGAAGCUUAUGUCUGAAACCGCUCACAAAGUUCUCGCUUUCGAUGUUUAUAAUGACAAAAUCAAGCAUCUUCUCGAACUGGAAACGCUUCCGUGGAAUGGAAGGAUUCAGUUUCAUCGGCUUAAUAUUAAGAGAGAUUCGAGACUUGAAGGUCUCAUCAAGAUGGCAGAUCUGGUCAUAAAUCUGGCUGCAAUUUGUACUCCUGCGGAUUACAAUACACGUCCUUUGGAUACCAUUUACAGUAAUUUCAUUGAUGCGCUUCCUGUGGUGAAGUACUGUUCUGAAACUAAUAAGAGGCUUAUUCAUUUCUAUACUUGUGAAGUGUAUGGGAAAACGAUUGGUAGUUUUCUUCCUAAAGAUAGUCCACUUCGGCAGGAUCCUGCAUACUAUGUGCUUAAAGAUGAUGUGUCUCCGUGCAUUUUCGGUUCAAUCGAAAAGCAAAGAUGGUCAUAUGCAUGUGCAAAGCAGUUGAUUGAGAGGCUUUUGAAAAGUGGUAAAGUUCAGCAGGAAUCCCUCUGGGAUUCUCGCAUUUAA